UCAUCCACACUUGGAGCGGAUCUACACUGCACACAGUUGCUGUGCGGCUCACUUGAAGGCUGCGAAAAUUUCAGUUAAUCGGUUUUCGGUGGUGUAAAAGUGAGAUGGUAUAUACUGCAAAGGUAUCCUAUGGAUAAAAUAGACUUGGACCAUGUCUCACAGGUCAUCGGCUACCAUCCCAGCUAUUUGGAGCACUUUCUAAAGACACAGAAAUUCAUCUUGUACGCCGAUGGGCCCCUGCCGUACAACUAUCGCAACUAUCUGGCCAUCAUGGCUGCAUCACGGCAUCAGUGCACGUAUCUGAUAGAGCUGUACGAGCAGGAAUUUUUGGAACAGGGAGGCGAUCGAAAGUGGCUAGAGGGUCUUGAGUAUAUUCCGGCCAAAUUGCGCGCAAUUUAUACGAUCAACAAGAUCCUAGCGCAUCGGCCGUGGCUCCUAACAACAGAUCACAUUGAGGCCCUUACAAAGGGUCGCUCAUGCUGGACAUUGGCGGAAGUGGUGCAUGCCAUUGUGAUUUUGGCCCACUUCCACUCCCUGUCGUCCUUUGUGUUCUCAUGUGGGCUCACACAGGAGCUCAACAAUCAGACUAGUCAGAGCCGGCGCACGAGUUGUGCCACACCGGGUAGCCGGUCUCCCACGGAAGAGGUGAAGAGUGUUGAUGAUCUCAUGGAGCGCAUGCGGGAUCUCUCAAGUCGGAAUAUAAAGUGCACAGAAGCUGAGCUAAGUACACGCUUCAAGACUGUUGAGAUGCAAGCGGCAGAACUGGCGUCCGGGACACUACAGGCGCCCGUGGAUUUGCCACCGAAAGUGUGCCAGUAUGUGGAGGAUGCUGCCUUCACGUAUGUGGACUUUGCGAAGCGCGGAGUCGAUAUGCCCACCACGUUCCGUGUUCAGGAUUAUUCUUGGGAUGAUCACGGUUACUCUCUCGUCAAUAGACUCUACAACGAUGUUGGCUACCUGCUGGAUGCAAAGUUCAGGGCCGCAUACAAUCUCACCUAUUUCACAUUGGCGGGACGCAGCAAUGUGGACACAUCAAAGUUCCGUCGUGCCAUUUGGAAUUACAUUCAGUGCAUCUAUGGGAUACGUCACGAUGACUAUGAUUACGGGGAGGUGAAUCAAUUGCUUGAGAAGUCCCUCAAGAUGUUCAUUAAGACAGCCUGCUGCUUCCCCGAGCGCAUCACCAAGAAGGACUAUGACAGUAUUCUCCGGGAGUUGCAACAUAGUGAAAAGGUUCAUGUGAAUUUGAUGAUCUUGGAGGCUCGCAAUCAGGCAGAGUUGCUCUAUGCACUGAGAGAAAUUAUGCGUUACAUGACAUGAUUUUUCAUUUUGGAGAUCGCGCCAACUCAAAUGCGCCUUUUUUUCUUGUAUUCUCGGGGCUGGGGGAUAAGAUUGGGCGCACUUGGCGCGAUGGAGCGCACAAAAACACAACACACACACACAGAUUAAUUUCAUUUUUACUAUUUUAACUACAUAAUAUAUUUCUUUUUUUUGCUAUAAGAUGAGAGACGAAAUGCGUCAAUACAAAACGUAUAAAAAAAAGAAUAUGUAUCAUGAUAAAGAAAAAGAAUUACUAUUUUAGUGGAUUUUCACGCAAAAGAAAACACAUUGAGUCGUUUAAGAGUCACGCGGAGGGUGGGACAGAAUAUAAAAGAAAAUUACAAAUAUAAAAAAAAUGUACAAAGGACAACAACUGAUGCGAAGGAUGCAAAAAUAAGUGAUAGAUGGGAGAUUUUUUGUGAUAAGAAGAAAAACUUUCCCAAGAGAAGAAAAAAUUGUACAUGAGAGAAUACUGUUGCAUAUCUUUGUAAGUGGAGUGAUUCUUUUUGUGAUCUGCUGUGCCAAUAAACAUUUUAAAAUGAUUUUAUUAAAAAAAGAAA